UCAACACCCAGUACUGGUGACACAAGACCAUGUCAGCUGCUAGAAAGGAUUCCUGCUCACACUGGGACACAUAAGGAAGGUGAGGAGCUGUGCACCUGAGAGGACCAUCUGUCAGCUUCUCCAUGGUCUCCUCAACAAUCUCAUCAUUCCAAGCAGGAUCACAAAGGAACGCUGGUUGUGGUCUAUGAACUCACAGAAAUUAUAAACCACCUUUGAUGAAGGAAUCCAUCCAUUUGAAGUGUGUGUUAAAGGGAAAAAUAAGACAAAGAAAGACAUGGAGCUGCCGCAAGGGGAUGAAAUGGAUGACGAGGAAAAAAAGACCAUGUCUCAACCACAAAGCAAAAUGAAGGACCGACUAGGAGAACUCCUGGAGUUAACCAAGCAGUUUGACCAGCAGUUCCCAGACGACGACGACGAUUUUGACUCGCCUCACGAGGACAUCGUGUUCGAGACCGACCACAUCCUGGAAUCCUUGUACCGAGACAUCCAAGACCUUCAGGAGGAAAACCAGCACCUGAUUGCCGACGUGAGGCGGCUGGGAAAGCAGAACACCCGCUUCCUCACGUCCAUGCGGCGCCUCAGCAGCAUCAAGCGGGACACCAACUCGAUCGGCAAGGACAUCAAGGCCCGGGGCGAGAGCAUUAACCGCAAGCUGGGCGCCAUGAAGGCGCUGAGCGAGCAGGCGGAAGUCCAGCACGGCGCGCACUCGGCCGUGGCGCGCAUCGCGCGUGCACAGUACAGCGCGCUCACCUGCAUCUUCCAGGCCGCCAUGCACGAGUACAACUGCGCCGAGAUGAAGCAACGCGAGAACUGCAAGAUCCGCAUCCAGCGCCAGCUGGAGAUCAUGGGCAAGGACGUGUCGGGCGACGAGAUCGAGGACAUGUUCGAACAGGGCAAGUGGGACGUGUUCUCCGAGAACCUGCUGGCCGACGUGAAGGGCGCACGGGCGGCUCUCAACGAGAUCGAGAGCCGCCACCGGGAACUGCUGCAGUUGGAGGGCCGCAUCCGCGACCUGCACGAUCUCUUUCUGCAGAUGGCCCUGCUCGUGGAGCAGCAGGCGGAGACCCUGGAUGUCAUCGAGUUCAACGUGCAGAAGACCGUCGAAUACACCGGGCAGGCCAAGGUGCAGGUGCGCAAGGCUGUGCAGUACAAGAAGAAGAACCCCUGCCGGACAAUCUGCUGUUUCUGCUGCCCCUGCCUCAACUAGCAAGUGGCCCCGGGCCGCCACACCUCCAUCCCCGAGCGGGAUGGACGAGGAAGCACUCUGGGGGUAGAUUUUGAGGCCAUCUGUCCUGGGGUGAGUUGCGCUAAUCACUAUGGACCUGAGCCCUUAGAGAAAGGAAAAAAAGGAAAAACACGAGGUACAAGAAUUCCAGCCCAGCUCGUACUUGGAACAAGGGUGGAUCCCACCUGCUGAUUCUUCAGUCACGACAGAUGCCAGCUGAAGUUUUCUGAGGUCGUUUAAAGGGCACAUAGCACCCUUGCCUCUUAAAGGAAGCCACAUAAGGAACUGACGUUGUGACUUAACUCUACGGUAGAUGUCCAAGGCAUGUUUGUACAUGAACUUCUAGCCGGAAGUCAAUUCUGGAUCGGCUCACAGUAUGAACUUGUCAUCAAAAUUCCAGUUCGUUUAUCUUAUCCUGAAAGUACCUCGGUUCUGUUCCUUUUCGAGUGAAACUGACCUUGGGAAAAACUGCACAUCUUCCAUUUCUGAGUCUUCCUCUGGUUUAUGCUGUGCUAUCCCCAUCUGAAUGUAUAUCUUCCCCAUCUGAAUGUAUAUCUUCUGCUCAUGUCCUCUACUUACUAAAAUCACAGUUAACACUUAUUAUUUCCUUACCUCUUUACUUUCAGUAUCUUCCAUCAGAAUACAUUAUGGGAUUUUUUUCCCCCCAAAGUUUUUUGAGCACUCAAUAUUGAACAAGCACUCAAAUUGAAGUAUGUAUAUCACAUUAUAUAUAUUUUUCAUAAAAAUAAUUUAAAAUUUAUUUUUACUUGAUAAUUAUGAAUACACUUAUAUGUAAAUGUAAAGUGCCAAUAUUUACUAAUGUAUGUACAUAAUGACCAGUUGGUUUAGCUUUACCUUUGUAAAUAUAUAAAUAUCAAGAAAAACA